AUGUCUCAAUCUCCCCGACAAAAUUCACCAAACAAUGGCAGCGUCAACGCCGGUGACAGUCGACUAACGCGGGCAGGCCUUUUCGCGACAUUCAAGGAUGACGUCCAGGCCGCGUUGCUGGAGUUCAUCGGCACAACGGUGUUCCUCAUACUCGCCUUCGGAGCAGUACAGGCCACAGUGUCAGAGCAGGGCAGUUCAGGGGCAGCCGGUGACUCGGGUAUCGUCCGCGUCAUGUACAUCUCGCUGUCUUUUGGCCUCAGCCUGCUGAUCUCCGCGUGGCUCUUCUUCCGCGUCACGGGCGGUUUGUUUAACCCCAACGUCACCUCCGCACUUCUUCUUUCGGGCAUCAUUGGGCCUGUGCGUUUUGUGUUGUUCUGCAUCGCUCAGCUCAUCGGAGGGAUUGCUGCGGCAGCCCUUGUUCUGGCAUUGACACCGGGACCCUUGGCUUCAAAUACUGCCCUUGCACCAGGCAUUAAUGCCGCGCAGGGUGUAUGGAUGGAAGCUUUCAUGACUGCCAUUCUCUGCCUCGCAGUACUCAUGCUUGCGGCCGAGAAGCACGUCGCGACUCCAUUUGCACCGAUCGGCAUCGGUCUCACUCUCUUUGCGGGAGAGCUGUUCUCGGUAUACUACACCGGCGGUGCCCUCAACACCGCGCGAGCAUUUGGGCCCGCUGUCGUGACCGGCUUUCCGCAUGGCUCGCACUGGAUUUACUGGGUGGGCCCGGGCAUUGGCUCGCUUAUCGCGACAGCGCUGUACGCAGCUCUCAAGCAGUAA